AUGGUACUCAUAUGAUUGAUAUUGAUGGCAUGAGAACUAACAUUGAUGGGAAUUUGUAUGUCACAAGACAUGAUGGAAGUCACGUCACCGUGCUUUGCCCUCUAGGCAAACAAUUAAUUUUACUUCUAUUCAAAAUCCUACCAUUUUGGAUUUUGGUGGUAAAGAUGGUAAAACUUUAUUCAUGGUACGAAAGGUUGCGUAGAAACCAUUCAAAUGAUAUAGCUGGCAGAGCGUUUACCGCUUUAAAAUCUCUAAAUGAGAAUUUAAUUAACAUAUUAAUAAAUUUUAUGGGAUAG